GGAUGAAGCACAUGCAAUCAAACCUGUACAGGUGUUAUGGGUCAGCCUCUUGAGAUGGCAUAGAGCCAUGUCCUCAAGAGCCUUCCCUCGUUAGCGUGAUGAGCAAGAGGACCCGAGCCUCCCCAGCGUCACAGGUAAGCCACGCCGAGGCCUGCUGAACCUACGCAUGCUAUGCUGCUCUCUCUGUCGCAGGGGCUUGAUGAUCUCACGGCACGAUUCUCCCAGCUGGCAGGGCUGCAGCAACGCGUCGCCGAGCUUCACCGCAGGGUGAGGUGACUGAACCGACACACACACGAAUCCAUGCAUGGAUCUGUGUGUUGCGCGCAGGUAGAGAGGGUGUUUGAGCUCAGGGCGGCGAGAGAUAACUCGUCUGAGUCAGAUGUGAGAAAAGGCGAAGCAGCAUGACGCCCUGCACACUCACUCCUCGGAUGCUUGCCUUGUCACUUCUCCCAUCAGCAUCUCAGUGGCCAGUGUGCAGUGCUGCUCAGCCUGCUCAAGACAAUCGCUCACACCGAUAGCUGCGCCCAGACGGCAUCGCUGAUCCGCCUCGCCCACACCAAAUGCGACUUCAUCUAUGCCACGCUGCAGCGACCGGUGCACAGCACACACCCUCACACGAUGACCUCUCGCACACACACUUGCCUCUUGGCUCUGUGGGUGUGCCAAUCAGUCGUUGUCGGCUUCCCCGCUCAUCAUGCUGCCCGAGUCAUGCUUCAGCGACCACAUCUGCCCUUUGAUCGGCACACGGUCUACCCUCACCGACCUCGCCCCCUCGUACCCAUCCCUCCACACCAUCUCCCGCAAACCAACCACACACAAGAUGCUGCACCUGGGCACCGACUCUGCCAGGGUGAUCGAGAUGACCCAGCGGCAGGUGGCCGUGUGGGGUGCGGCAUUCAGCAAGGCCAAGCGAGCCUUCAUGGAGUGUGCUCCUUCCACGGGGGUGGUAGAGCUGCUGGAGCGGGCGAGCAUCUCGCUGGAGGAGCUCGAGGCGUGGUCGGAUGGCGAAUCAGUAGCCCACCGCCUCGAGCCGAAGCCGCGAGAGGGACGCGGUGAGAUCGUCUUCCCCGUGCUGACACGCGUCAAGCUGGCCGGUUGGUGGAUCCGUGUCGCCGACAACCGACGGUGGAUGCCAACGUAAGUGGGGGAGGGCUUGGGCGGAGUAAAGGGCACGCUGCCAUGUGUGCAUGCCUGUCAGGUCGCUGGUUGACGUCCAUCUUCGCGAUAUGGUUGUCCAGAAUGAUGACGUUGGUGCAUGGGACGAGCCAGAGAAGUGCUCUGGCCAGCAUUCUUCUAGCUGCAAGAGCUGGCUGGCGGGCACAGGGCCUCAUCGUGUGGUGCUCGAGGUCGCACCCGAUGAGGAUGGGCGGGAGCUGGCGUGGCAGCUGGAGGACCUUCGCUCCCUCGUCAAGCCAUCCAUCAAGUGGGAAGAAAGGAGGCAGGACAAUGCCGGCGUACGCAUUCAUCCCUGAGUCACGGCACUGCUUGUCAUUCCAGGCAACUCAAGGGUGUGCGGUGUCGUCCGGGUGUCCACUCGACCCGGCAGGAGCUUGCACGUGUUGCCAACGUCACCCUGCAGCUGGAGGAGCUUGGCGUUGACACCAACGAAGACGAUGAAGCCACCGAUACCGAAAUGUUGGAGGUCAGGAAAAGGAAGCCAUUCGAUGCCUAAACCCUUGAUGUGCCACCGGAAUGUGCGUCGUAUCAGGUUGUAGAGCGGCUUCGGUCCUCAUGGCUGGCGCCAAGCGGAAUCAUCACCUUCAACUGCCGCCCAGGUGUCUCCUUCGACGUCCUGAUCGGGUUGCGGCGGCUGGGGGACUGCCCCUCCUGGGCUGGCACCCUCACCCAUCUGGCUUCCCUCGUCACACGUGUGCAGUUCCCCUCUGCUCUGGCUGCAAGCUUCUCUGUGUCGUAUUUGCUGCCUCAGCUCGUAUUUUCGCGGGCUGAGAAGCUAGUACUGUGCAACGUCGCGGCUUCGGCUGGCUCUGAGCCUCUCCCCCUCCCUGAUGUGUUCUUAUCCCACAUAUCUGAUGCCCACUUCCCUCGGGUGGCCACACUCGACCUGUACCAGGUAGUGGGGAUGAGACAGGAGGCAGUGGGCAAGGCGCUAGACUUGAAGUCGAUCAGAGAGGUGCAGUUUGAUAAGAGCUUUGAUCAGAGGGCACGGCUUUUUGUGCCGUUCUUCUUUCCCCACUGCCUGGCCACGUGCAGCCCGACGGGCCCGCCUCUUCACAUCAAACCCCACUUUUACUCGGGUGAUGUGAGCGUGCUUACGGGUGUGUGGUCGCUGUGGGAGGGAGGGACAGGGGCAACUAGCAAUGGGCAUCAGCGAGGCUUAGAAAAGCGCGUUCAGAAGAUUAGCGUGAGUGUGCAGUGGUACGACACGAGAAGAACAGUGUACAGGUGCGACAAGAGAAAGGAAUCUGACGAGAGUGAGGAUGAAGGCAGCGAUCAGGGAGAGGAUGGCGGGGUCUUUCCGGUGUGUCUGCACGCCAUCGACAAGUGCCCCCUCCUUGACUCGAUCGUCCUUCAGCGCAGUUUCCGUAGUUUGUCUGUCGACGAGCUAGGAGCCAGCCCUCAGCCAGUGAAGAGCCAGUUGCUGUCAAGUGGUUUCGUGGCUGUGCAGACAGGCCAUGACAAAGUGGAGCUGUAUCGCGUGUUUGGCUGCCUGUUCCCCCGAUGGCUGGCUGCGCAUGUUUCUGCCCUCUCCCCGUGUGCCAUUUUCGCCCCUCGCACGACUAUGGAUGAUGCCGUGUCGCUGCCGGAGGCCCUUUUGGCUCAUCUUGGCCUCCGCUUCCCUCGUUUCAUAGCCCGUCACCUCAGCAGUGAGUGGCAGACUGCCCUGAGACAGGAGGUGUUUUCCAGGUGGCAGUAGGGGCUGACUAGUGUCUGCGUUCGUGCGUUAGCGCAUGCAUGAAUGGAUCUGAUUAGACAAAUGGUGUCUUGUGGUUG